AUGGCUCCGCCGCCGGCCGCAACCCUAUCCUCCGGGCGUUCCGAGAGCAGGAGAGGGAGGCGUUGUUCGGGGAGGGAGAGGGAGGCGCGGACGGCAGGGGAGCCUGCGCUGGGCGCAGCCGCCUCCGGUCGAGACCCUAGCCGUCCGCCGGACUUGGAGAAGGAGACGGAGGCGCUCGCCGAGGACGGAGACAGGGGCGCGGUGCCGGUCGGAGUGGAAGAGGGAGGUGCCUGCCGGAGAGGGAUGCUGUGGGCGGAGAAGCCGGAGAGGGAGGUGCCGCCGCCGGCUAGUCGCGAGUUGCGACUCCCGAGAGGUCGCGAGUGA